AUGGAAAAGCAAACCAAUCAGCGACAAGAUAAGGCCACCACCAGUUCAUGGUUGAUUCGUGGUGCGCUCGCAUUUGGUCUGGUGUCAGCGCUUGUCGCAAUCCUCGGCAAUCCGCUCAAGCUUGUCGCCCCAUAUGGGUUGGACAAAUAUGCCCCGGGAAAAGAAUCUGGAAUAUGCCAGCAGGUGCCGAAGCUAUCGCCAAAGAACACCAAAGUUGAACAAUUUGUGCGAGAAAAGGUAGAAUCGCCCGAAUAUCACCGAGAAAUCAUCAACAAGCUUUCUGGCAUGAUUCGAAUUCCAUCCGAAAGUUAUGACGAGCUAGGCCCCAUCGGCGAAGACAAAAGAUGGGAUAUAUUUUACCAAAUGGAGGAUUACAUCAAAUCCAAAUACCCCACCGUCCUCCAGAAUGUUAAGCUGGAUCAUGCCAAUACCCACGGGUUGAUCCUGACAUGGGAAGGCAGCGUUCCAGCCUCAGAGGCGAAGCCAAUUCUCAUGCUUGCACACCAAGAUGUGGUUCCAGUACUGGCUGAGAAUGUCAAAGACUGGACCCAUCCGCCAUAUGAGGGCCACUACGAUGGUGAACUUAUCUGGGGCCGUGGUGCGACUGAUGACAAGGGCUAUCUUAUUUCCAUCAUUGAGAGCUUGGAUCUGUUGAUCAAGAGCGGGUUUAAACCUAAAAGAACGGUUAUAUUGGCUUUUGGUUGUGAUGAGGAGAUCAGCGGAGAGAAUUGUGCAAGGCCUAUUUCGAAUUCCCUUCAUGAUCGGUAUGGUGACGACGGUAUCUAUCUGAUCAUGGACGAGGGAUCCAUGGGAAUCCACAGAGAAUUUAAUCAAUCGUUCGCAAUGGUCUCCGUCGCGGAAAAGGGUUAUCUCGACGUCGGGAUUAAUGUCACCUCGACUGGUGGCCAUGCAAGCAAUCCGCCUGAUCACAAUGUCAUUGGCGUCCUAUCGGAGAUUCUGGUGGCGAUUGAAAAUCACCCAUUCCCUGGAAAAGUGACCACCAAGAAUCCAAUGUUCGGAUUUUGGAGUGCGCUGCUGCGCAUGCUCCAGAAUCUAGUUUCCCCAUUUCGGACAAGCCAGUCUGUUGGAAAGAUCAAUGGUGGUAUCAAAAUCAAUGCAAUCCCCGAAUCCGCAUCGGCAUUGAUCAACUUGCGGCUUGCAGUGGAAACUUCCGUCUCCCAGGUUGAAGAACACUAUGAAAAUCUUAUCAGUCCCAUUGCAAAAAAGCACGGUAUGGCCUUUGAAGGCUUUCGAUCCCCGUGUCAUUCCCAAGAAAAACGAAAAAUUUGCCUGUUUGGAGUUGAUGCCUUGGAGCCGGCUCCCGUCUCUCCGGUUGAUGCUGAAUCUUUCCGAAUCUUGUCCGGGACCAUCAAAAACGUUCUGAAACCAUUAGACCAAGGUGACGAGCUUAUCGUCACUCCAUACCUAAUGCCAGCCAACACCGACACCAAGUUUUAUUGGGCUUUGACCAAAAAUAUUUACAGAUUCACGCCUGUGAACUUGGUCGAGAAUUUGAAUCGAGCGCAUACUACAGAUGAGUUUAUUAGAGCAGAGGAAUUUGUGAGGGAACCACUCUUUUUCGCGAGUUUAAUUCUAAACGCAGAUGAUAUUGUUGGCUUGUAA